AUGUCCCUCCCUCAAACUCAGCCUCAUCAAUCUCAGGAUUUCUUCCCUUGGGAACUGGGCAUAUACGAUGCCCACUGCCACCCAACAGAUACAAUGGCAUCAGUCGCGCAGAUCCCCUCCAUGAAAGCGACCACGCUUACCGUAAUGGCAACAAGAGCCCAAGACCAAGAGCUUGUUGCAGAGGUCGCUCAAUCUCUCAAUAUCACUGAUAAAUCAACGCGAUCGCCGCGUAUUUUACCCAGCUUCGGCUGGCAUCCAUGGUUUUCACACCAAAUAAUCGACGACAUAACAGCCCCCACAACCACCUCAACCCCGCAAUCCAAAGAAGACCACUAUAUAAACGUCCUCACGCCAUCUUCAGCUUCCGACUUGGACUUCAUCAACCAACUGCCACCCCCCAAACUGCUUUCUGUCCUUCUCAAUGAAACUCGUGAGCGACUUCGCCGAUUUCCAAACUCUUUGGUCGGUGAAGUGGGACUGGACAAAGCAUUUCGGCUCCCAGGCGUGUGGACAGCAGAAAAAAUCUCCUCCCGAGAUGAAGAUCUCACCCCCGGUUCGAGGGAAGGUAGGAAACUUUCUCCUUACAAGGUGAAGAUGGACCACCAGCGAACGAUAUUGAAGGCCCAGCUCGCACUUGCUGGCGAAAUGCAACGGCCUGUCUCCGUGCAUAGUGUGCAGGCGCACGGUGUUGUUUUUGACUUGUUUAAAGAAUUGUGGACUGGCCAUGAAAAAGUUUUCCUCUCGCGGCGACAAAAACAGAAAUUGAAGGAUGCCGAGGGGGCAUUGUCAGAUGAUAACGACGACGAAGAUGAAAAGCGCGAACCAAGCAAGACAAGCGAGACAGAAAAACCGCUGCCGUUUCCACCGCGCAUAUGCAUGCACUCCUACAGUGGGCCUGUGGAGCCUAUACGUCAGUUCUUACACCCAUCAAAUCCGUCUGAUGUCUACUUUUCCUUCUCGGCAGUGAUCAAUUUUAGCGGGGCGCCGGCGAAGAAGAUUGAGGAUGUCAUCAAGGCUUUGCCGGAUGAUCGUAUUUUGAUCGAAAGCGAUCUACAUACUGCAGGUGUGCAAAUGGAUGACCUGCUAGAGAAUGUUGUACGACAAAUAUGUCAGCUACGAGGUUGGGAUUUAAGAGCCGGUGUGAAGCAACUGGCGGAUAAUUGGAACCGCUUUGUAUAUGGAUAA